CAACAACAAAGUCAUAUUUCGUAAUCGAAUUAUUGCUAUUCUCCUGUCAGCUGUAACAAAAGACAAUUUAAAAAAUUCAAUGAUUAUUGGACGAUUUAUAACAUAACUAUGGAUGCUUCAUCUGCAAUGAAUUUGGCCUUACAUCAAUAAACUGCAACCAAAUAUAACUCACCCCAGAGGAGAAGCAGAUAAUGCAGGAAGUUGGAAGAAAAUAUUUAUUUUUUGUUAGUGCUCCAAUGUCCUUGGGAGCAACACUUGCUGUCAGGCGUUUGAUACAGAUGGGACAUACCUCCACUCGAUUUAAACCUUUGAAACUUUUUGUCGGUGGUAUGCUCGGCUUUUACCCAGGUUUGUUUAUGGGACAACGGGAGGCUUUUCGCCAAACAAUUGCCAAGGUGCCUAAUGGAUUCAAUGCCACGCUCUUCAGAGAGCUAAAAACUCUGACUGAUGAGGAAAAGAUCCAGUACUUUAAAAUAUCGCGGGAGAACCAACACAAGAAACAGUUCCUGUUCCCCCAUCAGGUUUUCCCAGAGAAGUUUAUUGAUUCCCCUGACGUAGUUCCAGAUGGUCCGCCCUCCUUCCAGGGUGGUGGUGGUGGAAGGUCCUAUCUCCCUCCAUCGCCCUCUACCUAUUCACAGCCUGGCAUGCCGACAGAAAGUUCCGAGCAAAGCUCACAAGACACAGGUGCAUCAGAUCAGCAAAGGUUUUCCUACAAAGCCCAGCGUGAGAAGUGGCACCAAGGAGAGAGCACCUCGGAGACGCCUGCGACACCACAGUAUGGGGAAUUUACGAGGGGCGAUUCUUAUACUGAGCCAUCACCACCAAGUAGUGGAAGAGGGCCUAAAAAUAAAUAUGGAGAUGAAAUGGAAUAACCCAGGGAAAGACAAUUUAGAAUAUCGAUAAAAAACAGUGUAUUGAAUAACUUUAUGUUUGUGUAAUGGGAUUGACAAGUUGGGGGUUUGCUUUUUACUUAGAAGACACAAAGGAUUGUGUGACAGGUACUGGUCCGACAUCGUGCAUGAACUAUACAAGGUGUGUUUUUGAAAUACAUUAUAAGAUUGUAUUAAAAACAACUUAAUUGUUAAUUAAGUGUGUUAUAGUAUGGAAUAAAUUGUUAAAAUAAA